AUGCCUAUGUAUGCGAAGUUCUUAAAGGAGAUUCUUAGCAACAGAAGGAAGUUUGAGGACUUGGCGUGUGUGACACCAAACGAGGAAUGUUCGGCAAUUUUUCAGAACAAGUUAUCAGAAAAGCAACAUGAUCUAGGGAGUUUUACUAUUUCUUGUGUUAUAGGUAACUUAUCUGUUAAUGAUGCUUUAACUAAUUUAGGGGCUAGCAUUAAUAUAAUGUCAUACAGUCUGUUUGCAAAGUUGGGGCUAAGAGAGACCAAACCCACUAGGAUGAGUAUACAGUUAGCUGAUAGAUCUGUUAAGUAUCCUAGGGGUACUGUAGAGAAUGUGCUAGUAAAAGUAAACAAAUUUAUAUUUCCUGUUGAUUUUAUGAUCUUGGAUAUGGACAGUGAGAGUAGUGUACCCUUAAUUCUAGGUAGACCUUUUCUUGUAACAUCUAGGGCAAUGAUAGAUGUUUGUGAUGGAAAGGGAAAUGAGCAUGAGCUGUCAAAUGAGGAAGUGUUUGAGCAGCUUGAGUUUUUGUUAGUAGACGAGCCAAGCAACAAUACUGAUGAGUUUGCUGUGAUUGACAUGAUAGGUGUGCAGAAGUUGAGGCUCUCACUUGAGGAACCAUCGGUUCUUGAUUUGAAAGAGCUUUCACGGUGUCUUGACUAUGCGCAUAUGGAUGAGGAUAACGGGCUGCCUGUCAUUUCAAUAGCAGACUUGACACUCGAGGUGAUCAUUGAUGAACAUUAUCAGUGUUUGAGGGUGAUACGUGCGAAAACGAACUGGAAUUUAUCAAAAUUGACAAAGGCUCGCAUUUCAAGAUUGCUUGGCAUUUAG